ACAACCUCACUUUCAUCAACCAAACCACCAAAACCAACUCACAAACAACACAACAUGUCUCUCUCAUACCUUCCCCCAGUCAAGCCAUCGGCCAUCGCCCUCGGCACCGUCUUCAACCACGCCGCCUCGCUCGCCAUCCUUGGCCCUCUCUUCGGCGACACCUACCGCCGCGCUCAGUCCGCCAACUCUGCUGAGGAGUUUGUCAAGUCCAAGGAGGCUGCCUCCGCCGCCGCUGCUUGGGGCACUUCCCUCGUCGGCUCUUCCAUCCAGGCCUACGGUGUCGGUGCUCUGAUCAACGCUACCGGCACUCUCUCCUACAAGGGUGCUGGAUACCUCGGCGCUCUCAUCUUCGCUGCCUCUUCUGCCCCAGCUUUCGUCGCCCAGGUCUUCACCGAGAAGCGCCCUCUCGACACCGUCGCCGUCGGCGCCCUUGCCCGCGUGUUCGAGACCGUCGGUCUGUCCAUGUUCCUCGUCUGGUGGGGCACCCGCACCAACCCGCUCAACUAGAGGGUUGUUUUCAGACGCAAUGGAGGCAUGAACGCAUUUCGGGAAGACGGGAGGAAAUGAUGGGGAGGUGAAAUCGGACACGCACCUCGGAACAGCCUAGCCACAGCACGCAUCUCCUCUCUGUUCCUUGCCGCUUCGUCUUCAUCCACGACUUGGAGUAGAACUAGCGACUAUCAGCAGCAGCGUAGGAGUUCUUAUUGUAAAAAAUGGCAAUGAAGCAAAUGUUCUAAUAGC